AUGAUACAUGGGUUAAAACCUUUUGGAUACCAUGUGGUCAAUGUUGUUCUUCACAGAUUUGUUUGUCUGUUGUAUACUUGUGUGUGCAAGGUGGUGGCCUUCAAGUCCAGUAUAUUUGCAUUUAUCGCGGGAAUUCUAUUUGCUACACAUCUUGUCCAUACAGAAGCUGUAAGUUCAGGUCAUGCCACUCUUUCGCAACCUUCAAACUUCUAAGAUCUGUUGUUAACUAUUCCAUGAAACAGGGAAUCUAUUUGUUUUAUGCAAUGAAAAAGCAAAAGGUUAUUAAUCUAAACAUCAUAUAUGCAUCUUUCCUCCAAUAGAUCACGAGGAUCAAACUGCACAUGAUUCAGUUUAUCAUAUAAAUUACAUUGGAACUUCUGUGAACUGUUGCCUUACUUGCUGAGUACAAAAAAACUAUGAGAGAUCACAAGACAUUGGAGCUACAGUUUAGGUGACAUUAAAUGACUUAAAAAUGUUCUUUACCCUUUAACUCCUAAGAUCUCAUAAGUAAUUCUCUUUACUGUCUGCCAAACAAUUCUCAUUAUGUAAGUUUGGAGAAUUUGGUAUUGGAUCAACUAGUAAUCCCAUAAUUGAUAUUUUUCUUUAUUCUCAUCUCUUGUUUUUAUGAUUUUUUAUAGAUAUAGUAAGGAGAAAUUCUGUCUUGGUCACUCAUGAAAGUUAAAGGGUCUAGAGGAAAUAGCCUGAACCUCAAGUUGAUAGAAAAAAAUCAAGAAAAAGCAAUUUUUAGUGAAAAAGGAAGAAAGAAAGAAGUUAUUUCAUGAAACAAGUGGAUCCUCUUUUCAAGAGUAUUGUUUGCCAUUUGUAUGUUUUAAAUCUUUGUUCAACUAUCUUUUAGGAAGUUUUUAUGAAAUAAAAACAACCCAUGUUCCUGUUUGACUGUAUUUACCAGCAGAGUUGUUGGAGAAAGAACUGUAUCAAUUGUUCUCUCUGUGUCUGUAAGUGCUAGUAAAUUUGUUUCUAAAAAGUGUAAUGUGAUUUGACAGUGUGGAGGCAUAUAUUUAGGAUUUAAAGUUUUGUAGGGAUUUUGAGAAAAGAGUUGAAAAAAGCAAAUGACCUAGCUGAUUAUGUUCAGAGUUAAUACCCUUUUUACUCACUUGAGGUAAACCUGGAUGUUUUUCUUUUUUAGCCACUGGUUUUUUGUCUCAUGGCAUUCAGAGUAUGGAUGCUUGGAGGAAAUCUACCACAUUUUACACUUCAGGACAACCCUUCCUCAUUUUCAGACUGUCUCAGUUCUCACAUCAUGACUUACUCAUAUCUGAUUGCAUUCAACUCUUGGUUGCUUUUAUCAUUGAGUGUGUUGAGCUAUGAUUGGCAGAUCGGAAGCAUACCUCUUGUGGAAUUGCUGAUG